AUCCCUAAUUAGCCUUUAAUCACAGUAUUUAUACAAAAUUCAGUCUCUCUCCAUUACAUCGACACCGCCAGUUAACAAACUAUGGAGAAAGAACACGGCGACCUUCUCCCACUGAACCCUACUCCGGCGGCGGCGACGACGACCGCAGUUAACGCCGGAGAUCAGCAGCCACUGCAGCAGUCAACUCGGUCACGUCCGAAGCGGUUCGUGAAGAACCAAAUACCAGACUCCAUCCUAAACGAUGCAGCACUCAACGCCGCCAUAUCACUUCUACCUCAAAACUACAACUUCGAAAUCCACAAGUGCGUAUGGCGAGUGCGAACUUCAGGUGCCAAGCGCGUGGCCCUGCAGUUCCCCGAGGGCCUCCUCAUGUAUUCACUCAUCAUCUCCGAUAUACUCUCCACAUUCACUUCCGCCACUCACUGUUUCAUCCUCGGCGAUGUGACUUUCGGCGCGUGUUGCGUCGACGAUCUCUCGGCAGGAGCUCUUUCCGCUGAUCUCCUCAUUCAUUUCGGCCAUAGCUGCCUCGUGCCUAUUGAUUCCACCACUAUCCCAUGCCUUUAUAUAUUCGUCGAAAUCUCGAUCGAUGUUCACAGGUUGUUGAAUGAACUCAAACUCAAUUUUUAUAAUUCUGAUACGUAUGACAAUAUCAUUAUGGCUGGAACAAUUCAAUUUGCUUCUGCAAUUCGGGCGGUUAAGCCCGAACUUGAAAAAUUGGGGUUUAGUAUUUUGAUUCCUCAAGCUAAACCGUUAUCGGCUGGGGAGGUACUCGGCUGUACUGCCCCGAGUGUUAAGAACAGGUUUUCUGAUGGAGAGAAUGUGGUUUUGGUAUUUGUGGCUGACGGUAGGUUUCAUUUGGAGGCGUUUAUGAUAGCGAAUCCGGGGAUAAAGACUUAUAGAUAUGAUCCAUUUAUAGGGAAGUUGUUUGUGGAGGAGUAUGAUCAUAAGGGAAUGAAGGAGGAGAGGAAGAGAGCGAUUGAGAAGGCGAGGGGGGCGAAGAAUUGGGGAAUAGUGCUUGGGACAUUAGGUAGGCAAGGCAAUCCAAGGAUAUUGGAUAGGUUAGAGAAGAAGAUGUCGGAAAAGGGGAUGACUUGGACAGUUGUGUUGAUGUCGGAGAUAUCUCCUAUGAGGAUUGCAUUGUUUGAGGAUGCAGUGGAUGCUUGGAUUCAGAUUGCUUGUCCGAGGUUGUCAAUUGAUUGGGGAGAUGCGUUUAAAAAGCCUUUACUAACGCCAUUUGAGGCGGAGAUUGCAUUGGGUGAUUUGUCUGGGUGGUGGGAGAGGAAGACUUCAGUGAAUUCAGAUAUAUGCUGUGAUGAAGAUAUGAAGUGUUCAAAGAAUGAAUCUUGUGGUGCUUGUGAUAAUGGUUGUGAGAAAGUGAAGGAAGAGUCUCAAGUGGAUUAUCCGAUGGAUUAUUAUUCUCAGGAUGGUGGGGAGUGGAAUUCUUGCUACUCUAAGAAGCCUGCUAGACUUUCACAAAGAAAUAGUCAAUCUUGUAAUGGUGCCAGUGCCAUCAAAUCUAAUAGCUGAGCUAACUUGUUCCAGCUGGACAUAUUGCUGCCAUCGUAAAUGGAGUUUACAUUUCUAAAGUGAGUACCUCCCUCGUAUUUUCUGCUGAGGCCUUUUAGCUCAAGUCUCCAUGCCCGUAAAGUUACAUUCUACGUAGUAAACAAAUUAUAAAUAGUUCCUGUAUUUAUUACUUUUACAGGACUAAUUUGGAAUAUUAUCUUUAACCUUACUUUAGUGGUGUUAUUUUACUAUCCUUCUGUGAGUUAUAUCUAUGUAAGUUGGUGUCAAAACUCUAAUUAUGCGAGACAAUAACAAAGUUUAAAAAAAGCAUAUAUCGUGCUCCUUUGCGUCAUGCAGUCUAUCUAUUGACCAACCCCAGGAGAGAGUUGCAAUCUUGUAUCUUGCUAUUUCACUUCAUGCAUCCCUUUAUUGACCAACUCCAACAAUUUAGGUGCAAGCCCAGCUGUCCAAAUUUAUUCAUCAGUUCCAGCAGAAACGGUAUAUAUUUUUUUUGAAGAACAGUCUGCCACUUUGUUAAGAUAUUUAAUAGGUAAAAUACAGUGGGCUUUCAGGGGAGGCUUAGAUCAAGUGAAUCAUUAUGGUGACAGUAAUCCGUCUUCGUGAUAGACUCGUUCUAGAAUGUGAGGGAUCCGGUUGUAUUUCAUAUAUGCAUCUUCUUUUUCUUUCAUUUCUUUCUACAUUCCUAUUGUUGUAGCUUCCUUGCAUCACAUAGGUUAAGAGAUGUGAGAUAUAGAGGUCUGCUGAGUGAUGGUAUAUUAUGUCUCUACAAAGGUUGAUCGCAUAAAAAACUGGGCUUCUCUAUUUCUUAUCAUCCAUGUUAUAUGCUUGUUGUUAGGGUGGAAUGAAAAAAGGGUGAUGCUAAGGCUGUAAAAGUAUGGAGAAACCACCUGCUACCUUUAACCACGGCCAUGAUUAAUUCAGUCCUAGAAAGGAUUUUCAAAAAUCUGGGUAUUCACUGAGGCGCCAUUAAAGUGAAGGCUGGAAAGUUCGCAAAUGUAAUGCAUGUGGUAUCUUGCUUAGAUAUUUUUAAAAAUUGCUAGCUCUUUUUGUCUUAGCGUCAUUGUUAAGCUAUUAAGGUUUGAUGAAAGAUGAUUCUUUUAAUUUGUUU